AUGGCUCUUGUGGCUUGCCAGAAAGUGGAUAUCCUGCAUGGGACCGUCCAAGACAACAUCACGUUUGGCAAGCGCUACAAUGAGGAAAAGUUUGAAAAGGUGGUGGACGUGUGCUCUUUGCGUCCGGACCUGGAUCUGCUGCAGGACGGUCAGUCCACCAUCAUUGGGGAGCGCGGGGUGAACUUGUCUGGUGGCCAGAAAGCUCGAGUAAGUCUGGCUCGUGCUGCGUACAGCGACGCCACGAUUCAGUUGCUGGACGACCCACUGUCAGCCGUGGAUGCACAUGUUGCAGUGCACCUGGUGAAGGAAUGCCUGGGUGCCAACGGUUUCCUGGCGAAGACGACGCGCCUGCUGGUGAGCCACCAGGUUCAGUUUGCCACAGAGGUCUGCCGGACAAAUUCCUACUCAGAUCUCCUUGUGGGUCAGAUAAGUGCAUGGAACUUGUGGCGAGUAGUGGACAUGGUGGUCGUCAUCCGGAACGGAGAGGUGACGGCCUUGGGCCCGCCCCAGCAGUUCUCUAUGGAAGAGCUGCGUUCUGCCGAGAGGUCCGCGGAGGAAGCGGAACAAUCUGCAGAUCCUCCAAAUGCCGAUCUUUCGGGAGCCCCGCCUCCUUUCUACCGGGCGCGGUCGGUACCAGACGAGCAGGAGGCCAAAGUUCCAGCAGGGGAACGCACCGUGGUUCGGAAGGUGUCCAGCAAGGCUUUCACCCGAAGCACCAGCGCUCCGGCUGAGCAAGUCGAGCACAUCGCCAAUGGCAGGUCUCCUGUUCGCAGAAGAUCGCUGGAGGGAGCCGAGGAGACCGGAGAAGUUGAGGAGCGUGCUGAAGAGGUUGAGGAAGGCAGUUUGAGUGUGCGGGUCUGGUGCUCCUUCGUGCGUGCCAUGGGCUGCGGCGUGUGGGUAGUGAUUGCAACGAAUUUUGUCAGCACCGCAGGCUACCUGUGCUCGGCUCUUUGGAUCGGGCACUGGCCAGAAGUUAGCGAGAGCUUGGGGACUGCGGAUGCACUGGUUGAAAAGUUCUCGUCUCAGAAGCUGCAGGUGUACGCGGCGAUCUCCUUCUCAAUUGUCAUCUUCACAGCGAUGAGGCAGGUGUGGAGCAAUGCGAAACUUGUGAGUUUGGUUUUCGACCAUGGAAGCAUGCAUCAGCGGGCGCUUUGGGCAGUGAUCCGAUCCCAGGUUGAUGUUAUGCUAAGCAUUGGAUACUGUUCUCCCAUGGCCUGGCACGACACCACCCCCACAGGUCGGGUAGUCAACCGCUUCUCCUCGGAUUUGCAGAAGGUGGACACAGACCUGCAAAACAAUGUGGUGGCCUUGCUGCGAGCCAUGUACGACAUGUUGGCUAGCUUCCUGGUGGUCCUCGUUGUGGUUCCGCUGAUUUUCGUGGUGGUGGUUCCUUCCUUGCUGGCUUAUUUCUGGAUCCAGAAAAUAUACAGGAAGACAGGCCGCGAAAUUCAGCGCAUGGCCAGCAAGUCCUACAGUCCAAUUUACCAAGGUGUGGAUGAAGCCAUUGCUGGAGUUGCCACCAUCCGAGCAUAUGAGAAGCAGCAGCACCUUCCGCUUCGUCAGA